AUGACGGACUUAAUGCCUAAGCGCAUUCUGUACGUACCAGUCAACCAUAGGGCUAAGCAGAGACGGGAGAAGUACGCGGCCGGCAAUCCAGUGAGCGUCACCGAGUACGAGUACGUGCCAGAAGUGGACGCGUGGCUGCGCCUGCACAUCGUGCCCGCUACCUGGUCAGAAGCCGCCGUGCGAUGCCAACUAGAAGGAGGAUUUUUAGCGUCUCCUACGACCGAUGUCAUAACUGAAACAAUGCUGUACGCGAUGCAAAAACACAAACUUGCCUCAAACAGGGUAUUUACUGGAAUAACAGACAUUCGAUCCAGUGGAAAGUAUGAGUCUUUAGAUGGUGAGGAUCUGCCCGUUCACCUAAAAUGGGUUACAAGGGAUUCAAUUGAGGUCGAAACCAAUUACUGCUUGGAGCUGACUGAUACAGGCAAGCUGACUGCCACUAGCUGCUCUCGAGUGCUGCCAUACUUCUGCCGCGAGACCCACAACCACCACUGUCCCUUCACUCCCUCCGCUGAAGAUUCUAAAAACAACCAAAACUAUUAUGCUGUCGACAGUAAAAAUGAUCAGGAUGGAAUUCCUACAGCGUCACAGCAGUGCGACAGCAAUGGGUACGAAUGGGAGCCCCGCACCGGCAGCUGCUACAAGUUCCACCGAGCCGCCAAAACCUGGUGCUAUGCCCUGUCCACGUGCCACGCCGAGGGCGGACAUCUGGCCAUCAUCAACAGCGACACCGAAUCUACAGCUCUCAAGGAACUGUACGAACAAAACAACCACACUGUGAUUACUGGAACAACGAUGCCUUAUUAUGCCUCUAUUGGAUUCAGGAAGUGGGAUGGCGAGUGGGUGACUGUACAAGGAGAAACGCUCUCCGAGGCUGGUUUCGCGGAUUGGUCCCCCGGCGAACCCAACGGCCUGGGAGAAGAGAACUGCGGAACCAUGUACUGGGAUGGACUGCUCAACGACGUCCCGUGCGACAAGCCGUACGCAUACAUCUGGUGUCAGUACGCGGCCGGCACUCCCUUGAGCCUCACCGAGUACGAGUACGUGCCGGAGGCGGACGCGUGGCUGCGCCUGCACAUCGUGCCCGCUUCCUGGUCAGACGCCGCCGUGCGCUGCCAACUCGAGGAUGGUGUGUUGGCAUCUCCCACAUCCAGCGCACUAGCGCGGAUGAUGCUGAACGCAAUGCACAAACUGGCUUCACGCAGUGUGUUCAUCGGAGCAACGAGCCUUUUCUCCAAGGGAGACUUUAAGUCGUUGGACGGAGAGGAUCUCGCUGACAGCUUGAAGUGGGCCUCCGGCGAGCCGGACAAUGUCCUUAACGCCGAGGACUGCCUGGCGCUGACCAACGCGGGCACGCUGGCGGACAUCAGCUGCGCUAGAGUGCUGCCCUACUUUUGCCGCAAGACCGUCCACAACUGCUCCUCCGACAAUGAAAUCACAAGUCCUACACCUGGCCUGCGAACAUGCAACGAUCGAUCUGACUACAAAUGGGAGUCCAGCACCGGCAGCUGCUACAAGUUCCACGGCGUGUCGAAACCCUGGCGCCUCGCCCUGGCCACGUGCUACGCCGAGGGUGGACAUCUGGCAGUCAUCAACAGCGACACCGAGUCUACUGUUCUCAAGAACCUUUACAAUAACAACACAGACACAGUCACCGGAGCAGAUCAACCUAAACAUGCAUUGAUUGGCUUCAGGAAAUAUGAUGAUGGCGCGUGGGCAACUAUAUUUGGUGAGACGCUCGUCGAGGCCGGAUUCGCGAGCUGGGACGUGGGCGAGCCAAGCAACGGCAGUGGAGUGGUGAACGAGUACUGCGGCUCCAUGCACGUGAACGGGUUGCUCAACGACGCCUCCUGCUCCUGGAAGUCGCCGUUCAUUUGCGAAAUUACCCCUUCACAGUUUUGA